GUUAAGACGCGCGCAUUUUGUCGUUCCUUUCGACCGUUCGAAGGUCCCUUCUUCGAUUAGCAUAUGAACUGUGUGAGAUACUAUUAGCUGUUGUGUUGUAGGACAAUUUCAAUCGUGUCGUUUUCCCGUUUAGAAUCUACAGCAUUCCCUAAUGGGAACAAUUACGUUCGUGUUGAUUUGCAUGAUUGGAUAUCGUUUAUCAAGUGUGUUUACUCCAAAAUUGUUUUGGGUCAACGAAAAGUGAAACAGUUUCGAUUGAAAGUUUAAUAGUGUGGCAAGUGAUCGAAAACUGCUAAUAGCUUUGCUUAUCGACGGUUGCAAAUAGAAGUUCGUAGUGAGCGCCGUAACGUUAUAUAACGUGACGUCGGCGGUUCGGUGGGACUGAAACUGUGUACUGCGGUACUGGUAACACCAGAUCCAUACCUAUUUCAUCAUUAGCACUAACGAACUGAUUCAUUCAUUUAAAAGUUGAAACGUACCUACGCAGUGGUGGCUACUGUAUAGAUAGCAUGCAUAAGAUCGCACGAACCAACGGCGUAGAUCGUUAAAAAGUACCAGUGGGCAGUAGAAGUGAAGGGGUGAUAUCUGGCAACUGGCGCAUGGCCAGUGUUUGCAGCUUGUAGCAGCGAGAGUGAUAUUGGCGGUGGUUUAUUUGUUUACCUCCAAACACCAACAGUAGCCGCCACAAAGUGCUCCGGGCUGCCUUACCUCAUCUCGGUAGAUUUAAUUGCUUUUUGGAGAGGAAACAGCUGUCCCGAAACCGCAGCCAGGAUGACGAUAUUCAGUUUUUAUGGAAUGAGGACAAAGGUCCCAAAGCAGAAGGAUAAAAUGACACCAGACCAGCAGCAGAACCUGGAGGACACACACAGCAACCAACACCAGCAGCCGAUUCCGAACAUUGCUGGAACGAUCAUCGAUGCCAGUCACAAGCAGCUCGCGCAAUAUCUGCCCAAUCACCAGCAGCAGCAUUAUCAAUUGCAUCAUCAGCACGCACAUCUACCUCAGCUGCAUCCGUUUUCGUCGUCGGUAAGCGGAGGUAGCACUGGAUUGCUCACCAGCACUGGCGGUGGUUCGACACCGUCCACCCUGACCGGCGGAACUAAACUGCCUGCCAAAAUUUCACCCCUUGGACCGUCCCCCUUUCGGCAGCUGCUUCCGGUGGCACUAUGCAUCAUUUCGUUCGCCACGGUGCUCAGCAUACUGGUCAUCUACAUGGACACAACAGAAAUCCGGCAUCAACAGUUUCGUUUGAACAUGUCCCGUGACUAUGAUUUAAUGGGCGUUCCCCAGGAUAACCCAGCGUUGGUGAAAUACGUCCGUGAUAUCCACAUGAAAAAGUACCCGAUGACGUUCAUGCGAAAUGCUAACGCUCCAGUGGACCAUUUAAACUUCACAAACCGCCACGAACUGACACCGGAAAUGGCUCGCUUUGUAUCGGAUUUGCUGGGCAAAAAGCGAUUCGGAACGUUCUUCCAGUCGCUUACCGGUAUCAGUGAUUCGAUGAUGACGGCUCCCUGGCUGGCGGAAACCAUGAACUGGGGCGGAUAUCUUGUCGAACCGGACCCAAGGAAAUAUUUUUCUCUGCGAAAGCAAAACGCUUUCCGCCCCAAUGUUCAGGUUAUUCACGCUUGCCUAUCGCCAAACACCUACCCGAAAGAGGUCACGCUUCACCACGAUGACGACAGCGAAGUACGAAUUAACAGCGUGUUGGACGAGGAGACAGAGUGGUUCCACCCACGUGUCAAGUGUUUUCCGGUGUACACGCUUAUGUUGGCUGUCAACAGGACUUCAAUCGAUUUGCUCAGCCUUGGCUGCCAGGGACAAGAACUGCAGAUCCUUCAAACAAUACCAUUCGAUCGUGUCCAUGUCAAGGUAAUAUCCAUCCACCUGGUACAUUACUACGAAGAGGAUGAACUAAUCAUAGACGUGGAAGAGUACGUCCAGAACAUCACACGCUUCCUGCUGAGCAAGUCGUACAAAAUGGUUCGAAGCUACGAUCGGAACUUUAUAUAUCAGUACGUUAACGCCAACAGCGGCCUCGGUCUGGGUGGCAGUCUCAGUCGUGUCAAUAGCGUAAUUGGACCGACAGACGCAAUCAGUUCUGCUGCGCACGAAGGUAGCGGAAGCACCAUGAACUCGAACAAUCUCAAACCAACCAAUAACAAAAUUAGCACCAGUGAGAAAGGCGAAGCUAUGCGAAAGAAUGUCGGAACUACUGCCGCCCCAACCCAGCAACCUAUCAGCAGUAUUUCGACUGUAAAAUCCGUCGCAGCUUCCGAGCUAGUGUCGGAUGCCAUCGGCAAAGAUCGGGCAGCAAUUGUGGCAGAAGAUUUCGACAUAACAAACUUGAAAGAACAUAGCACCAGUUCAACCAGUUCACCGCCGAUGGUUACCUCUUUGUAAUCUCCAGUAGACAGUAGCAAAACAAGUCCUGCGACACUUUUUUUACAAUGAAACUAAAGCUACCAACUCAUCAUUCCAGUAAAUUUAUGUUUUCAUCAUUUGCUUUCUUUAAACAUUAGCUCAGCAGGUGCAUUUGGUAAAUGUAGAUAUCAAAACGAAACAAAUAGGAAGCAUUUAAACAAGCAAAGAAACUGAUACUCUGUAUCCUCACAAUAGUCUGAAUUACAUGAUCAAUUUUUUAUCAUAUUUGUAGUUUUAUCAUAGCUCUCUGCGUCAAUUAUGAAAUGUUAGGCGAUUUGAAAAAAGAAGUUAAGAAACUCUAGUAGAAACGAAGGAAUAUUCAUAUUUAUUAAUCUAUCAUAGAAUUCAGGAGUAUACAUCAGAUUGAUUCUGAUCACGAUUUGAUUUUUUUUAUGAGACACACACUCGAGAAGUUUCAAAAUUGUCAUUUGUCUUGAUUUUGAUAGAACGAUUGCUCAACCAAACAAAAACAAAAUAAAUAACGUAUGGUUUCAUACUGAGUGAGUAAAUGUAUUUUCGUCUUACGGAACAGACAGUAAUGACAAAAAACGUGUCUGUUGUUGGCAGGAUGACAUUUUAGGAUUCUGAUAGAAACGGGCCGGGACCGGAUAGGUCCUGUUCAAAAAUCAUUUGCAUUUGUUUUACUAGAAGUAAAUUUUCUAUACUUACUGAAAUGUGAACAUGAAAGCGCAAAUAGUAUUAUUAUAUUUCUUAUCGAGCAUCAUCGAACAAGUAGAUAUUAAGAUGUAGUGGUUACAAUAGAGAAACAGCAAACUUUACUUAAUAGAAACGCGAAUGAAUUAAAUUCCUGAUAGAUAAUUCGAAUGAAUGUAGUUUUAUACAUUUAUCAAUAAGAAGAAAACGUAUUGUAAUCUGUAAACGAGUAGGCAACCAUGCCCUUUAUACUGAAUAACUACUUAUCAAUUUACUGCUGUUGAAAAUUAAUUUGUAAGAAAUCUAAAGCACGGAUA